AUGACAAAUUCGUUAAAUGAUAACGCUACAGGAGAAAAUUUGGCGGGACAUCAGUAUCCGGUUGCUCCCUUGGUCGAAAACUCUCCCACCUCAACAACAAACUUAAUGAUAACGCCGGCAACAAAUGUUGGCGGGUUAUCGCCUCACCCUGCGAUGUCCUUCAUGCACUGCCCUCCAAAUUAUACAUAUAACGUUCCUAACCUUACAAAUGUCAUUCCCAGUAUUGGCUCAUCCAAUUUCGAUAAUAAUAGUACUACUACGGUUCGACAAAUUCCAAAUGCCGACAACUCAGUCUCCGAUAAUAAACCUCCCGAAAUAAAAACUCCUGCCGACUAUACUUUAAAUAUUUUGUAUAGACAAUUUUAUAAAAGUGCAGACAAGAAAUUUGCAAAAAUCAUGAGCUUUAAUGUGGAUUGUGAACCUGAUUUUGGAGAUCAUAUUGGACCUGGUGUAGAUCAAUCUUUUGAUAAACUUAUUAAUUCUUUGGGAUAUGUUGCUAGGCACAAACCAAAACCCGUAAUUGAUUUAGUUAUGAGUUGGAGAAAAGAGAAACAAGAAUCAAAGCAUGAAGGACCCGAAGCUACUUUCCAUAAACGUCAUUUAAGUGAUAGUGCCAUACAAGUUACAUAUUAUAUAGUAUCUCGAGCACUUGUCGAAAUUGUUAAACAAUUGCAACCCGAAACUCUAAAAGAUGAUGUAGGGAAACAAAUGGAAGACCUUGUGUUCAAAAGGAUAUUUGAAUUAAAACCGGAAGAUGUAAAUAGAUCAAAGCAUAUAUCAGCGGUUUUUGAGUUAUACUCAGAACUUAUUGGUGGAUUAUCGAAGAUACGGUUUAUGUCUGUAUCUGAUAAAUUUAUUGCUAAACUAGAAGUAUUUGCUAAGUUACAUCCAAAUGCGUUAAAAGAACAAGAAAACAAGAUCGAAUUAUUAAUUAGAGGGAUGCAUCAUUUACAAUUAAAGAUAUAUCCAUUGGAAGCAUUAGAGGAAACGGCAGAAUUCUUGCAGAGUUUAGCAAAUUUUCUAAGAAUUGCUCAUGGAAUAAAAAUAAAACAUGCUUAUGCGGAAUUAUUUGUUAGAUUGUUAAUGCCUAUCGCAGGGGUAGCAGUUGCAGAAGUUAAUUUUCCUUCUUGGGUAAAAGCAGUCGAAAUUUUAUAUCCAAAGGCAUGGAAAAUGACAUUAAAACAAAGACAUUGGAGUGUGGCUUAUCCUCUUGUAACAACGUUAUUAUGUGUUAGUCAAAGAGAAUUUUUCUUAGCUCGCUGGAAUGAAUGUCUUUAUAUAUGUAUUCAAAAAUUCAAAGAUAAAUCUUUAAAACAUAUAGCCAUGGGAUGCGUAACACGUCUCCUAUGGACAUUUCUAUAUCGAUGUUCUGAAGGGACAAAUACAACGUAUAAAAAACUCGAUGAUAUAAUUAAAAAUUUAUUUCCUGCUCAUCGAAAGUCUAUUGUGCCUGGGGAUGUUCCCUUGGAUUUGUUCGUUCAAUUUGUACAUUUUGUGGGAAUUCGUCAUCACGACUAUUGUAUGAAGAACCUUAUUUUUAUGUUAAUGAAUUCAGACAAUAUAGCAUUAACACAUCCAUCAUUAGAAUGUAUAGCACCAGAAAGGAUGAAAAUUGGAAUGAGAUCUUUCAUGUUAUUGUUAUCCAAUAUGCAGGCAUCCGAGUCGCGCCCAGCAUUCCCUUCUAAUCCUAUUUUAGUUUCUUCUAAAUCUAUUCUUGGAUUAAGAAUUUCACCAGAUGUUCUUUCUGAUGACAUUUUAAAUCAAGCAGGAUUAAAAGAAAAUGUUGAAAAAUUUUGCGAUUUAGCUUGUAGGAUGGCGCAAAUCUUGGAUGCGCAUUUUGGACAUUUGACAGUUCUUGAAGAGAAAUUUUUAUGCAAGUUUCCUUUCACCCCUUCGUUAGCUACAGGGACAGGUCUUAGUGAAACUAGUGCUAUGAUCAUAUACAGCUUAAAUUCAAUGAAUAUUUCUUAUUCUAGAGAUAAACAACCAUAUUUUAAUUUAAUGCGAGAAUAUGUAGAUUCACUUCCUAGAUUAUUACCAAAUAAACCUAUUAGAAAUCGUAUUGUGGAAAUGUUAUGUCGAUAUACUGUACAUGUUGAUCCAGAUCUUGCUCGUUCAGCUUCAAUAGCUUUGUCACGCAUAGCUCAACAAUGUGGUGCAGAAAGAGUUAUAAUGAGUUUCUCUAAUUUUGUUCAUAAAAUCGAAGAUAAAUAUUCCGAUAUACUUAUUGGAGUGGGAAUGGGAAAAGAUACUAAAUUUAUAGGAAUAUUGAAAUUAUAUUAUGAUCUUUUACGACAAUGGUUAUAUCAAUUACAAAGUAAAAAAUAUAAUGAAUCAUCCGAUCAAUCUAAUAAUGCUACGAGUACACUUUCUCCUAGAAUGAUAGCGAAAACGAUCAAUGAAGUUGAGGAUCCAAGUAUAUGGACUAUCAUAGACGUUACUGAAGCAAAUGGAUUAUUGUUUCUUUGUAGUCAAUCAUGUAUCAUUAGAAAGUAUGCAAUACAGAUUCUUCGUAUUGUAGCAGAUUUAGAACUUGAAUUUAAUGAACGUAAAGAAAAAAAUAAUUCAACCCGUUCUCGACGGAAUACUACCGUUAGCAUAGAUAGUAAAUCAUCUGAUCCUGCUAAUCUACCCGAAGAUGAUGAAAAAAAUAUAGUUGAAAAUCGAAAUUUAGAUGCAUCUACGAUAAAGUUAUUUUAUUCGGCAUCUGAUAAUGAUGAUAAUAAUAUUCAAUAUACGCGAAUUACUCAUGUACUUAAUCGUGGUGGAGAGUUAAUUAAAUUUGAUACAGAAUCAUUUAAUUCUUUGUCAGUAUUUGAAAGUGUAAGGUUACAAAAGCUUCUACAACAAGGAAAGAAAAAUAUUCUUUUACGAUUAGUGGAAAGUGAAAUACCUGCAGACACUAUUAUUUGGUCUCGAUGUUUUCCCGAAUUUAUGAAAAUUUGUUUUUCUUAUUUCCCGAUGACGGUGGCAUUAUGUCGUAAUAAUGUUUGUAUUCGUAUUGUGAAAAUGCAAAUGUCAAUAGUUACCGCAUCCGAAACUCUUUUGCGUACACCUACCGCUACUUUAUCGAUGCCAAAAUUUCAUUAUCCAAAAGUUAGCAAUACAGCAACUGAUGAUGUAAUCGAACAAUGGAGAUCUUACCUAAUCGUCGCUUGUUCAACAAUUACAAUGGCAGAUGAAAUGACUGAACGAACUUCAACGCACAAUCGUAAACGUUCUCAACCACCACCACCUGAACGAAUUACAACUGCUAGGGAUUUGUUCCGAAUGGUUUUACCACUUUUGUCAUCCGAACAUCCUUUAAUAAGUGAGUCUGUAGUAACAGCAUUGGGUAAUGUUAAUGAAAAUGUUUACAAAAGUUUACUUGAAGACAUGCAACCAUACUUUAAAUCAGUAAUUGAAGAAUAUAAAAAUAAAAUUAGUAGACAACCUUAUACCAAUAUUCAUAAACGUGCAAAGAAAUGUGAAAAACUUCGUAUUGAACUUGCGCAUGUUUAUCAAUUAACAUCCCGUUUCCUUACUAAAGAAGAAUAUAUUAAAGAUUCCACUAUUCGCACUUGGAUAAUGACAUUUAUAAAAGAGACUUAUAAUUUUCUUCGUGACCCUGAUGUUUCUGCAGAAUGGGAUUUUGUUAGGCUUCGUCAAUAUUUCUGUGGUGUUACGGAAAAAUUUUAUGAUGGAUUAUGUUUAAUACAUAGUGAAUCAGACUUUGGUUCAGAAAUGAGAACUUAUAUUUUCAAAACGAUUGAAGACUGGUGUGGUCAUGGUCAAAGGGGUUUAAUGCAUCGAGCCAGAGAAGUAAAUUUACUUUCUGCGAUGGUUGAUCAUUACAAAGAUUCCGAAGAAAGACGACCUAUGACGACACAAAUGGAAAAUGAUCGAAAAUCUUUAGAAUUUGCUGCACUCAAUGCAAUGGCUUCAUUAUGUAGAGGUCCUUUAGCAUUAUAUGAUUUGAAUUCUACGAAAAACCCAAUUCCAAAAUCACUUGAUGCUGAAAGUGUAUUUGCUUGGAUCCAAUCAGUCUUCGAGGAUCCACAAGAUAAACUCCAUCCUAUUGCGAGAAAAGCUCUUGGUGGAUUACUUAUUUCGAAUUCGAAUAUACCAAAUUUUCUCGAAGUCCCUGUUCGUCUCUGUUAUUCAGGUCAUCCAACAUCUAAAAGUACGCAUGGUUAUUUUUUGUCAGUAGCGAAAGUUUUCUUUAAAGGUUUUGAUUACCCUUGUGAUCAAAGGGGAAAAAUGUUGGCACUUGCUUUAUUCAAAAUGGGAGAUGCAGAAUUAGAAAUUCGACAAAAUGCAUUAAAAUUAUUAAAAAUUAUUGAGGAAAAAUUAUAUGAUGAAAGUUGCAUUAAUGAGUUUAGAAUUGGAAUCACGAGCCAGUUAUCAUCAAUAUAUAAACAAGCACAAAUUGCAUUAUCUACACGACUUGCUCAGAAUGCAAGAAAAAGAGAUGAAGAAAGAUUUAAAAGAAAUGAGACUUUUAAUGGAGAAUCACAUUAUUUUUUAUCAGAAGUUUCUUCACGAUUUGAAAGUGUUCAUGAAAAGAGCAAAAAAGAUGUAUUACGCUAUCUAGUACCAUGGUUUCGAAAUGUUGAAUUAUUUAAUGAUACUGAUGAAUUACACCCAAUUAACUUUAUCAUGAUAUCAAAUCUCUUUUUCAUAACUGUUAAAUAUGGAGAUGUAUUUGUUAAAGACAUAGAGAAAAUUUGGCAACAAUUAGUAAUGAGAGAACAUGCUCAUAAUGUUCACGCAAUAGUGAAAUUUUUAAUUGAUGUAGGUUUGGAAAAAAGGAAUCCUAUAUUUGUCUUUCACGCCAAACGUGUUUUCGUUUACCUUGGACGAACUCCUACAUGUGCGGCUGUCAUUGAAACUUUAGUUGCAGAAAUUACACCAAAAUCAAUGACACCUCAACCAAAAGAAAUUAUUGAACGAGAAAAUUAUGGAGUUAAUGGAAUGUUUUUUGCGAAAAUUGAGGAAGCUAUGCCACAACAUCAUAAACGACCUAUAUUUUCAUCUGGGCAAUUGGCUAUUUUAUAUAUGGUUGAUAUGGCUAUUGAAUCAGGAACAGAUUUUGAACUUCAUCUUCCAAGGAUACUUCAUGCAUUAUUUGUUCAAUUAGAUUCUGUAAAUCCUCUUAUAAGUGAAGAAACAAGAGCACUUUUAGUAAAUUUGAUUCAUUCAAUAAUUAUUAGUAAAUCCGUUUACCCAGAAGUUAUUAAAUUAGGACAUUCUUUAGUAGCGGAAUUAAAAGCUAAGGAAGGUUCACAGUUAUGGGCAUACGAAGAUAUUACAUAUUAUAAUCGAAAUAUAAAAAGUUUGAAAGAUCUUGAAAGAUUAUCUAAAGACAUUGUUACAAUAUUUGGAGCAAUUGUAUAUGGAGAAAAUAAUCGAGAAGAUCUUAAACAAAGUUGGGGGGAAAUGGCAUUAAAAUGGGCGACUUCAUGUUCUGUUCGUCAUAUAGCAUGUCGAUCUUUUCAAAUAUUUCGUUCACUUAAUCCAGUAUUUAACGAACAUAUGUUGUUUGAUGUAUUAACUCGUUUAUCUAAUACAAUAUCUGAUAAUUCAGAUGAAAUACAAGGAUUUGCCUUAGAAAUAUUAAUUACUCUUAGUCAUGUCGUAGAUUGGUUAGAUCCAGAUACCAAAGAAAUUUAUCCACAAUUAUUAUGGACAAUAAUUGCAUGCCUUCAAACUACCAAUGAACCCGAAUAUUUGGAAGCUUUAUCAAUUUUAGAUAAACUUUUGGAUAAAUUUAAUCUUUCUGAUGAGGUUAAUCAAGAAAUAUUUUGGGGAUAUUUUCCAGGACAUAAAUGGCGUGGACAAUUUAUAGGGAUUCAACCAUUAUUAUUGAAAGGAUUAUAUUCAUCAACAGCAUAUCAGAAAACAUUUGAUAUGCUCAAGAAAUUAUUAUUUUUACAAGAUGUUCAACUUGUUGACCCUACACCAGCUCGAUAUUUAUAUUUAAUUCUUGCCAAUUUACCUAGACUUGUUCAUUCAUUGGAAGACGAAUCUAUUCGUAAUGAAUGUUUUGAAUGGACGAAAUAUUUAGCAGAUAUUGUAGAACAAGAAGGUCGACAUGGACUUGCAAGAGUAUUAAAUUCAUUUAAUAAAGGAAGGUUUAGAGCGAAAGAUGAUUUUUUGAAACAAAUAAUAUUAGUAAUUCGAGAUAAUUAUUUUCCUGAUUAUGAAGUACAAACAUUAUUAUUUCUUAUGAGCUUACUUUCAAACAAUACACAUUAUUUUAAGUUAAAGGUAAUGACAAUUAUUAAGAUGAUGUUACCACACGUAAAUACACAAAGACAGGAAUUUAUGACAAUUGGAUCAGAAUUAAUAUUACCACUUCUUCGACUUUUACAUUCACCAUAUUCACAAGAAGCAUUAGAAGUAUUAGAUGAAGCAAUUUCUAUAACAGUUACAUCAAAAGAUCCCAAAAUUAUAAGAAUGAGUAUAGGAUCACGUAGAGGGAAAGAUAUGGAUGGAACAGUUAGUUUAUUUGGAGAUCCCGAUGAUAAUGGAUGGUCAAUUCCUGAUAAACAAACAGCGAUGGAAACUACAAGAUCAAAUGUACAAGCAGUAUGUUGUAUGUGUAAUGUAACAACUCAACAAGAUCAAGAUAUUCAAUUAUUUGAUGAUUUUAAUGAUAGUUUUGCUGGAUAUGGAACAGAAACACCAACAAGAGAUUCCAAGUUUCGUGAUAUUGUUUCUAAACUUCAAGAUUUAAAUGAAUAUUUUCUUCCAAAUGAAGAUACAAUUAGUAGUAAUGGAAGUGUUGCAGGUAGUAAUAGUGGAAGAACAAUGAAAUUAUCAGCAUAUAAAAUACCUAAUAUAAUAGAACAAGAGUAUGAUGAAUAUUAUGAUUUCGAUGAUGAAAUGGGAGGGCCAAGUAAUUUAGAUGAUGAUUCAAGAGUAGAAGAAAUUUUAGAGAAGAGUUUAUCAAAACCUAAAUCCCUUAAAUCGCUUAAAUCACAAGUCGAUAUAGGUGAUAAUAAUAGUGAAAAUAAUAUUCCAACAUAUGAUUCAAGAGAACGAGAUGAAUCUUUACAAAAUAUUAGUUCAGCAUCAUCAACGGAAGAAGAAGAUUCAUAUACAGUUGAUGACAAUGAAUCAUUACUUUCGGAAGGAAAUAAUAGUUCAUUUAACUUGGAAAAUAUAAUUCAAAGGUCAAGGGGAUCAAUUAGUGGGACAUUGCAUAAUCACACAUCUUCAGUGUGA